AAAUCCUUUAUUAGCGAGCGCAGGUUAUUAUCAUUGAUGCCUUCUGCAUUACUUGUUUGUCACUGUUUGUGUAUGUCUUCAGAGCUCUUUCUUUUAGUGUCCGGGGACUCGUUUGACUCCUGCUGUCGAGUUUGAUGGCUUGACGAACAAUUAGCGCCAUAGGUGAUAUUUUAAAUGUGUUAGCUGUGAUUGAACUGGACAUAACCGAGAGAGGAGACCGAGAUCCUGCUGAUAAUCAAGAUGAUGUGCGAGGUGAUGCCCACCAUCAGUGAGGCGGAGGUCUGCAGUGCGGGCGGGGCUCUGGGCUCCGGGUCCCCAGUGCAGACGGACUCUGAGGGCCACUUUGAGUCUCUGAUGGUGUCGAUGCUGGAGGAGCGAGACCGGCUGCUGGACACACUGCGGGAAACACAGGAGAACCUGUGUGUGGCCCAGAGCAAACUCCACGAGAUCAGCCACGAGAGAGACUCACUGCAGAGACAGCUGAACAGCGCACUGCCACAGGAGUUUGCUGCUCUGACGAAGGAAGUGAACAUGUGUCGAGAGCAACUGCUGGAGCGAGAGGAGGAGAUUGCAGAGCUGAAGGCCGAGAGGAACAACACACGCCUGCUGCUGGAGCAUCUGGAGUGUCUGGUGUCUCGACACGAGCGCUCCCUCAGGAUGACGGUGGUGAAGCGGCAGGCUCAGUCUCCAGCCGGCGUCUCCAGCGAGGUGGAAGUGCUCAAAGCCCUCAAAUCCCUCUUUGAGCACCACAAGGCCCUGGAUGAGAAGGUGCGUGAGCGUCUGCGUGUGGCGUUGGAGAGAUGCNGCAUUCUGGAGGAGCAGCUGACGGCCUCACACAAAGAGCUUAUGUUCAUGAAGGAGCAGAACAGUCAGAAGAAGCUGAUUAUCGACGCAUCAGCAGAAAUCAACCACAGCUCUGAUGCCACGCCAAAUGCUAACGGCAAGCGUCUGUCAGACAUAUCCGUGGCUCUGGAUGCGGGCAGUGUGUCUGAGGGGGAUCUGCAGGAGCUGAUGGAGCGUCAGAGUAAAGAGCUGCUGCUGCUGAAGGAGAGAGUGGCGUCUCUGAUCAGCCGAGAGUCUGAGCUGGAGGAGGAUCUGGACACGGCCCGCAGAGACCUCAUCAAGAGUGAAGACGCCAACAGCCGACUGCAGAGAGACCUGCGAGAGUCUCUAGCGCAGAAGGAUGAUAUGGAGGAGCGCAUCACCACGCUGGAGAAACGAUACCUGUCGGCUCAGAGGGAAGCCACGUCUGUGCACGACCUCAACGACAAGCUGGAGAACGAGAUCGCCAACAAGGACUCGCUGCUCUGCCAGCUGGAGGAGAAGAGCCGUCAGCUGCAGGAGAGGCUGGAGUUGGCGGAACAGAAGCUCCAGCAGACGCUCCGUAAGGCCGAGACGCUGCCCGAGGUGGAGGCAGAGCUGGCGCAGAGAGUCGUGGCCCUCACCAAGGCGGAGGAGCGUCAUGGGAAUGUGGAGGAGCGUCUGCGGCAGAUGGAGGCGCAAUUGGAGGAGAAGAACCAGGAGCUGCUGAGGGCGCGUCAGCGGGAGAAGAUGAACGAGGAGCACAACAAGCGUCUGUCGGAGACGGUGGACAAACUGCUGUCAGAGUCCAACGAGAGGCUGCAGCUGCACCUGAAGGAGCGCAUGACGGCGCUGGAGGACAAGAACGCCCUGAUCCGAGACCUGGAGCACACCAAGAAGAUGAUCGAGGAGGCGCACCAUGAGAAGGAGCAGCUGCUCAUCCAGAUCGAGACCAUGAGGACGGAGCACGAGAGGGGCCGCAGUAGGAGCAACUCACUGCUGCAUCAUUGUUGUGCAGGUGAUCCGGCUGAUCCUCCACACAGGGGCGCUCUGCUCUCUCGCUGUUACCGUGAUCUUCAUCCUCAUCAUCAGGGCUGUGUGUCCUCCGCUCGCUCUCGCUCUGUUUGACUUCUGAUUUGAUUCUGUCACUCGUGUAGUCUUUUAAUCUUGCAUUGUGCUAAUCCGCUAGCUGUAUAAUUGAGUCUGUGCAUUUGCUCCUCUUGUGUUCAUCCUCCAUCUCCUCCUCGCUGCAGGGCCGUGUGCGCUUCUCCUAGCUCUGAUCCCGCUAGUGGCCCGAGUGCAGUGUGGAUGUUUGGGUUGGUACGUGUUUUAUAUUCUGUGAUACCAAAAUGAACCCUUGAGAAGCCAUACUCUGCUCAUCACCAUGAGGGCUGUUCUGGACAAACCUUUCUACAGAUGAUCCUAAUGCCGGCUGAUUUAGCCCAGAGCCUGCCGCUGCAUUCCCUGAGUGUGUGUGCGUGCGUGUGUGCGCGCGUGUGUGUGUGUGAGUAUGUGUGUGUGAGCGUGUGUUCUCCAGUGUUGUAGACGGACCAAUCCUCAGUGGCCUCGACCUUUGACCCUGUUUUUACCACUGUACUGAAGCCUUAUAUUUGUAGCCGCUCCUAACGUCUGGCUGGUCUUUUAUAUGGUGUAUAUUAUAAAUCUGCCUUGAUGUAGGACUCGUCCUGUUUCAGAUGGUGUCUAAAGCGCAGGCUGGACUCAUAUCCCAGCCUCUCUUUAUUUUAACUCUGGCUAGUCACUUCUGUACAAUUAAAGUGGCGUUACUCUCUUUAUAUUGUCCUUUAUUUAAAGAAAGCUCCUGUAAUCCUCAAUAAUGUACAGUGCAGUACUGAUCAGCUGUUUUUAUCACCGUAUUAUUUAUUGCUUUCAUUUCAAUAAAAUACUGAAACCUA